UCGGCUCAGUUUGGUGAAUCAGUCUCACACGACGUUUCGCUCCUUACAGACAUACUUAUUAACCGCUGAACGCGGACAAUUGAUCUUGAGUAUUAUGCGCCCGCGGAUAGGCUAUCGAAAUACGACAGAAGUGUAGCCAAAAGUGCACCGCGUGUGUGCUUCGUGAGUGGAACCAGUUCUCGUUUGAUGAAAUAAUAACAGUCGCGAUUUACAUAAUGUUGCCUUACCAUCGGAAAACAGCAUUCGCGCUUGUUUUUGUGUUACAAAGUGCACUUGUAUGGCGGUCAAAUGCAGCGUUAGAAUUGGCGCAAUCAGAACAGAAGGAACAUGCCGCCAACAAAAGGUCCUCAGUGUUUCAUGGAAACCUUUUUUCAUCGAAUCCUAAGCCAUCAUCCUUAGGUGUGCCAUCAAGUGUUGAUUUUACUUCCCUCAGUGAAGAUAAACUUCUGGAUACCGGUGAUUUUUUGAAUACGCAGUACUACUCCGACAUUCACGACACAGACAGUAAAUGCAGCGUUGAUAAAUUCGCUUUUAACCAUGAGGGCCGGGUAACCUAUGAACACGAGUUGCCGGCGUUGCAGCAGUUCACCCUAUGCGCAUGGAUGCGUUUUACAAAUCAUACCGGCGACCAUACCAUCAUUACAUAUGCAGUUCCCGAAGAGCCCAGAGAAAUCCAAUUGUGGAUAGCCAAUGCUCGUGGUAUGAGCUUCAUCAGUUUAGCAGUACAUGGACAAUCACUUUUCAGACUGAAUUAUCCAUUCCGGAUGCGACAGUGGCACCAUGCAUGCGCCUCGUGGAAUGGAAAAACAGGCGAAUGGCAACUUUGGGUUAAAUCGGAAAGAGUUGGACGAGGAUUCCACAACAGGCUGGUGGACUACGAAAUCAAACCAAAUGGAAAAUUGUACUCCGGAGGUCAAUCGAUAACCGGUCCAACUGACACUGACCUGCACUUCGAGUUGACGAUGGUUCAACUUUAUAAGGUCGCCUUGAGUGCCGGAAAAGCGCAUCGCGAUCACAAACAUCAUCACGUUCACCACUUUGAUCAUCACGGAGGGGAAAUUACUCCAGCUCCACCAGUGCCAACUCAACCGCCUGUUACCCCACCUGCUAAUCCAUUGUUAGCCAACGGUCAAAUCCCAACGAGCGUUAAGAUCAAUCUAGCUACACAAAACCAACAAAAUACUGGAAAUCUAGGCAUACCAGUAAAGGGCUUGCCUUCACAAUUAAUUGGUGGAUUCGUUCCAUCAGAUGCAGCUACGAUAACCACUCAAUUCAAGAGUGGCCAGUUCCACAUUGGUGGGCGCAAUUUGCAACAGCAGCUGGCAAUUGGUAACAUUCUUGGCAAACUUAAAACUAAUAUUGCCAGCGCUAAACCAACCGGAACGGUGGUAUUCCCCGAAGACUUAUCUAAACAAACUUCAACAUCAUAUAUUGAUCUGAAUAACCCAGCAAAUGUACAAAUCAUUGACGAAUCCCGUUCGAAGAGUAUUUUCAAACGUGAAAUCACUUCUGAUGAGAAGAAACUGCAAAAACGUGGAUUGGUCCUAUUGAAGGAUGGAACCAUCGUUGACGAUGAAGGAAAAGGCAGUGAUUACAUCUUCGACGGACUCGCAGAGUUUGGGCUGCCCGAUUUCAAAAAUAAGCUAGGCAAGGAAACUGACAUCGAGAGUGAAAUUCGGGAGCAUGAUCGAGAGCCUGCAGAAGGAGAAGUCAAAGCCGUUAUGAACAUGUGUUCAAAGUGCGAUGAAGAACCAUUUGCCGGAGCCAUUGUAUUUGCUUGGAAAAAUUUAAGAGCACAAUUGGAUCACGCGUUGAAAGCAAAGGCAUCCUUAGUUUGCGGACAGUUUUAAUUUAAUAUAGGAAAUAAUCACCACAGGAAUACUCAUUACUAACAAUGCAUUUUUAAGUGUAAAAGCUCAUCGGGAUAGAAGAUCAUCCAUAAUAUGCGACAAAUAUUGUGUCUCAUGUCAUGACAUACAAGCUUUAGUUGUAAUUAUCAGUUCUGUUACCCAAUAAAACAAGAAAAAUAA